AUGUCGGCCGUCAACAAAGCUCGACGCUGGUACCAUUGGUACUCCCCGGACGACAGUCCAGAAGAGAGGAAGCUGAUUGCAAAGCUUGACCUCCUCAUUGUACCAUAUGCGUUCAUUUUAUACUGGGUGAAAUACGUCGAUCAGACGAAUAUCAACAAUGCCUACGUCUCCGGAAUGUCAGACGAGUUGGGCUUCAAAGGAAACGAACUGGUACAGUUCCAGACGAUUUUCGUAGUCGGAAACGUCGUCGGCCUGCUGCCUUUCAUCUACCUCUUUCCUAGGGUCCCCAUGCACAUACUCGUACCCACUUUGGACCUGGGCUGGGGCAUAUUCACCCUACUGCAGUAUCGUGCGCAGAGCUACGGCGAGAUUAUGGCAUAUAGAUUCCUUGUCUCUCUGUUCGAGGCUAGCUAUUUCCCCGGCGUGCAUUUCGUGCUCGGAAGCUGGUACAGGAGUGACGAGAUCGGACGGCGGGGUGGAACGUUCUACGUCGGCUUGACCCUCGGAACACUGACAGCGAGCUUGCUCCAGUCUGCCGCCACCACCUACCUCGACGGCGUACACGGACUGGCGGGGUGGAGGUGGCUCUUCAUCAUCAACGCCAUCAUCACGCUGCCCCUUGCGUUCGUGGGCUACUUUCUCUGGCCGGGCACCCCGGCAAAGCCCAACCGCCUCGUGAUGAAGGAGUCCGAGUUGGCGCUCGCCCGCUCGCGACUAGAGAAGGCUGGCGCACGGGUCCAGAGCACGCCCUUCUCCUUGCAGUUGCUGCGGAGGAUAUUUACUAACUGGCGCUUCUACAUCCUCGUCGUCUGGGAUAUCCUCUUCUUCAACACCAGUUCCAACACGGCGUCGUUCCUGCUCUGGAUCAAGAGCCUGCACCGAUACGACACGGCGACCAUGAACCAGCUCGCCGCCAUAAGCCCGGCCCUGGGAAUAUUCUUCGUCCUCUUCAUCAACUUCAGUGCCGACCUGUGGAUCGGAAGGGCGGCUGCCAUCACGCUGGCGUCCGCGAUCAACUUCACGGGCCUGGUCAUUCUCGCGAUUUGGAACGUUCCCGAAGCCGCGAAGUGGUUUGCCUUUAGCAUCACGUACUCCGCAGUUGCAGUGUCCUCGGUCUUGUAUGGCUGGGCCAAUGUGGUUCUGAAGGACAACAUCGAGGAGCGCUCCCUGACGCUCAUCCUCAUGACGGCGAUUGCCACGUCGACAAACGCAUGGAUUCCACUGUUCACUUACCCGACCGUCGAAGCGCCAAGAUUUCCCAAGGGCUACGUCUACUCGGCGGUCAUGGUGGUACUUUUGGUCAUCAUGACGCAGGUCGUCCGGAUCCUUUUCAAUAAAGAUGGCAACCGCACACACGGACAGGAUGCGGAAAUCAUUGACGAGGUCGAGGCAGAUACGAAGUCCAGCUCUCUACCUCUGGUAUCAGACUCGAAGCAGGUAGAGCAGGGCGUUGCACAGGUAUAA